UCGACUCUUCUGGUAGCUUCGUCGUCGCCGGGAAAUAUUUGGGCUGACAGUUAAAUUCUUUGGAACUGCGUAAUUAAUUGGUUGUGUAUCUGGGAUUUGUGGUGUUUUGAAAUGGGGAAGGAUGAUGAUUUGAAAAAGAAUCGCCGAGAUCGUGACCGUAAGGAUCGUCACAAGGAGACGCGGCGAGAGAAGGAUAGGAGCACGAGACCGUCCGAGAGAGUUAAUAGAAGUGAUUGCGAAAAGAGAGAAUAUGAUUAUGAGAGGGAGAAGCUUCGGACACGGAGGGAUAGGAAGAUUAGUGAUUCUGACGAAGAGAGGAGGGAUACACGCAGAGGGAAGGAGAAGGAUGAUAUCAAGCGUGACUUGAAACGUACAAGGAAAGAGAUUGAGAGAACUAUCAGGCAUGGAGAUGAAAAUGGUGAGAAUAAUUCCAUGGAAGAAGAAGAAGAAGUAGAGGAUGAGAAGGUGGAGAAACGGAGGAGAAGACUCCAGGAGUGGCAACAGUUGCAGAGGAAGCAUAAGGAAUCUCAAAGUGAAAGUAAGGGUCCUGAGACCAGAAAGGCUUGGACUCUUGAAGGAGAAUCUGAUGAUGAAGAUAAUAAAUCAGACUCAGAAGUGAAGAUGGUAGACUCCGCUAGUGGAGGUGCUAGACCUGAAGAUGAAGAGGAAAUUGAUCCUUUGGAUGCUUAUAUGAAUUCUAAGGUAUUACCUGAGGUUGAGAAGCUUAGAAGUAGUUCUCUGGAUUCUAACAAGGAUGUGAAAGAAAGUGGUGAUCAACCAAAGAAUAGUUUUAGUAAGUCCCUUUGUAGGAUAAUUCAAGGUGAAGAUUCUGAUUCUGAUUAUGAUUAUUCAGAACCAAUGAAUGAUGAUGAUGAUCCAAAUUUAGACGAAGACGAUGAGGAGUUUAUGAAGAGAGUUAAGAAGACUAAAACAGAAAAACUGUCUCUUGUUGACCACUCCAAAGUAGAGUAUGAACCUUUCAGGAAGAACUUCUAUAUCGAAGUCAAGGAUAUUUCAAGGAUGACAUACGAUGCAGUUAACGCUUAUAGAAAGGAAAUGGAGCUAAAAGUACAUGGGAAAGAUGUACCAAGACCCAUCAGAUCUUGGUACCAGACUGGACUAACCACCAAGAUUUUGGAUACUUUGAAGAAACUUAACUAUGAAAAGCCAAUGCCUAUCCAAGCACAAGCACUCCCAAUCAUCAUGAGCGGUCGAGACUGCAUUGGGGUUGCAAAAACUGGGUCAGGUAAAACCCUCGGCUUUGUUUUGCCAAUGUUGAGGCAUAUCAAAGAUCAGCCUCCCGUUGAAGAUGGUGAUGGACCCAUUGGGCUUGUAAUGGCACCUACUAGAGAACUUGUUCAGCAGAUUCACAGCGAUAUCAAAAAGUUUGCUAAGGCAUUGGGUCUAAGAUGUGUGGCUGUGUAUGGAGGAUCUGGAGUUGCCCAGCAAAUCAAUAAGCUUAAGCGAGGUACCGAGAUUGUUGUUUGUACUCCUGGCAGAAUGAUCGAUAUUCUUUGCACAAGCAGUGGAAAAAUAACCAAUCUGCGAAGGGUCACAUUUUUGGUAAUGGAUGAAGCUGACCGUAUGUUCGACAUGGGAUUUGAGCCUCAGAUAACUUGUAUUGUACAAAAUAUUCGACCUGACCAUCAAACUGUGCUCUUUUCUGCCACUUUUCCACGCCAGGUUGAAACUUUGGCACGUAAAGUCUUGAACAAUCCUGUGGAAAUACAGGUCGGUGGGAGGCGUGUUGUGAAUAAAGAUAUAACUCAGUUAGUUGAAAUCAGACCGGAGAGUGAGAGGUUCACAAGACUUCGUGAACUUCUUCUGGAAUGGUACGAGAAAGGAAAAGUUCUGGUCUUUGUUCGUUCACAGGACAAAUGUGAUGCUUUGUGUGAUGAGAUGGAAAAUCAUGAUUAUGCUUGUCUAUCGCUUCACGGGGGUAUGGAACAAAGGCAUCGUGAAUCAGCUAUAUCUGGAUUCAAGAACAAUUUCUGCAGUUUGUUGAUUGCCACAAGUGUUGCAGCCAGGGGUCUCGAUGUGAAAGAGCUUGUGUUGGUUGUAAACUUCGAUCCCCCGAACCACUAUGAAGAAUACGUGCAUCGUGUUGGCAGGACAGGUAGGGCAGGGCGGAAAGGCUGUGCUAUAACAUUUAUCUCCGAGGAUGAUGCAAAUUAUGCACCAGAUUUAGUCAAGGCCUUGGAACUAUCUGAGCAGCCAGUACCAGAUGCUGUGAAAGCACUAGCCGAUGGGUUCAUGAUGAAGGUAAAACAGGGUAUUGUGCAAGCUCAUGGAACUGGCUAUGGCGGUAGUGGCUUUAAAUUCAACAAAGAGGAGGAGGAAGUCAGAAAAGCAGCAACGAAAGCACGAGCAAAGAUUGCACAAGCAAAGUAUGGCUAUGAGGAAGAGAAGUCUGACUCAGAAGAUGAGAAUGAUGUAGUAAGAAAGGCUGGUAGUGAUAUCUCACAGCAACAAGCUAUGUUUUCUCAGAUGGCCGCCAUUGCUGCUGCUGAAGCUACUGUGACUGCUAACCAAUUCAUGCCUAAUGGUGGCGGGCUUGUUACUGUGGCAGGUGUCCCUCCUAGUGAUUUAGCAGGCCGCGUUGCAGCCAUGGCUGCUGCCGCUAACCUGCAACACAACCUUGCAAGGAUUCAAGCUGAUGUGAUGCCUCAACACUAUGAAGCAGAAUUGGAAAUCAAUGAUUUCCCACAGAAUGCUCGGUGGAGAGUCACCCACAAAGAAACGCUUGGUCCAGUAUCAGAGUGGAGUGGAGCCGCCAUUACCGUUAGAGGUCAGCAUUAUAAUCCAGGAAGUAUGCCGGGGCCUGGGCAACGCAAGCUUUAUCUGUUUGUUGAAGGGGCUACUGAAAAUUCUGUUAAGACAGCAAAAUCUGAACUCAAGCGUGUUCUUGAAGAUGUAACUAAUCAAGCCUUCUGCCUUCCUGGAGGAACACAAGCAAGAAGAUACUCUGUUCUAUAAAACCAUGAGGUUUGUGAUUCUUGGAUGCAGAGUCUUAUUAUAGAUUGACUUGCUGUGACAACAAACAUCAAUUAGAUUGGGUGGUGAUUUUCUUUCAGUACCGUCGUUCUCUCUUUCUUGUAUAUAAUAUUUUGUUAAUCAAACAAAAUUCUGAAUCAAA